CCCGGCUCUCCCUCUCAGUCUCCAGCUUCGCUCGCUCUUUGCCUCUUUCUCCCUCUCUCCCUCACUCUCCUCGGGCGGAGUCGCCCACCACGGCCAGCCCAGUUCUGGGGGGACCUGCUCCAGGCUGUAGCGGCAGUCUUCUUGACUUAACCUCCCGCCACCCCCUUCCCCUCCACAGGACCCUUCCAGGCUCCAUGGCUCCCCUGGCCUUGGUGGGGGUUGCACUCCUCCUGGGAGCCCCCCCCUGCUCAGGGAUGGCCACCCCGACCCCCUCCCCACCGCCUCCCCCGGCCAAUGACAGUGAUGCCAGCCUAGGGACCUGCCAGGGAUCCAACCGCUGCCAGCCGGGGGUCCUGCUGCCCGUGUGGGAGCCCGACGACCCAUCUCUGGGUGACAAGGUGGCCCGGGCCGUGGUCUACUUUGUGGCCAUGGUCUACAUGUUCCUGGGCGUGUCCAUCAUCGCCGACCGCUUCAUGGCGUCCAUCGAGGUGAUCACGUCCAAGGAGAAGGAGAUCACCAUCACGAAGGCCAACGGCGAGACCAGCGUGGGCACCGUCCGCAUCUGGAACGAGACCGUGUCCAACCUCACGCUCAUGGCCCUGGGCUCCUCGGCCCCCGAGAUCCUGCUGUCCGUCAUCGAGGUCUGCGGCCACAACUUCCAGGCCGGCGAGCUGGGCCCGGGCACCAUCGUGGGCAGCGCCGCCUUCAACAUGUUCGUGGUCAUCGCCGUGUGCGUCUACGUCAUCCCGGCCGGCGAGUGCCGCAAGAUCAAGCACCUGAGGGUCUUCUUCGUCACCGCCUCCUGGAGCAUCUUCGCCUACGUCUGGCUCUAUCUCAUCCUUGCCGUCUUCUCCCCGGGCGUGGUGCAGGUGUGGGAGGCGCUGCUGACCCUGGUCUUCUUCCCGGUGUGCGUGGUGUUCGCCUGGAUGGCGGACAAGCGGCUGCUCUUCUACAAGUACGUGUACAAGCGCUACCGCACCGACCCCCGCAGCGGCAUCAUCAUCGGCGCCGAGGGCGACCCCCCGAAGAGCAUCGAGAUGGACGGCACGUUCGUGGGCGCCGCCGAGGGGCCGGUGGCCGAGCUGGGCGGCCUGGGCCCCAGCCCGGAGGAGGCCCGCGAGCUGGACGCCAGCCGCCGCGAGGUCAUCCAGAUCCUCAAAGACCUGAAGCAGAAGCACCCGGACAAGGACCUGGAGCAGCUGGUGGGCAUCGCCAACUACUACGCCCUGCUGCACCAGCAGAAGAGCCGCGCCUUCUACCGCAUCCAGGCCACCCGGCUGAUGACCGGCGCGGGCAACGUGCUGCGCAGACACGCGGCGGACGCGUCGCGCAGGGCCACGCCCGCCGAAGGCUCCGGCGAGGACGAGGACGACGGCGCCAGCCGCAUCUACUUCGAGCCCAGCCUCUACCACUGCCUGGAGAACUGCGGCUCCGUCUUGCUGUCCGUCACCUGCCAGGGCGGCGAGGGCAACAGCACCUUCUACGUGGACUACCGCACCGAGGACGGCUCGGCCAAGGCCGGCUCCGACUAUGAGUACAGCGAGGGCACGCUGGUCUUCAAGCCGGGCGAGACGCUGAAGGAGCUGCGCAUUGGCGUCAUCGACGACGACAUCUUCGAGGAGGACGAACACUUCUUCGUGCGGCUGCUGAACCUGCGCGUGGGCGACGCGCAGGGCAUGUUCGAGCCCGACUGCGGCGGGCGGCCCAAGGGGCGGCUGGUGGCGCCGCUGCUGGCCACCGUCACCAUCCUGGACGACGACCACGCGGGCAUCUUCUCCUUCCAGGACCGCCUGCUGCACGUGAGCGAGUGCAUGGGCACCGUGGACGUGCGCGUGGUGCGCAGCUCGGGCGCGCGCGGCACCGUGCGGCUGCCUUACCGCACGGUGGAGGGCACGGCGCGCGGCGGCGGCGUGCACUACGAGGACGCGUGCGGCGAGCUCGAGUUCGGCGACGACGAGACCACGAAAACUCUGCAGGUGAAGAUAGUUGAUGAUGAGGAAUACGAGAAGAAGGAUAAUUUCUUCAUCGAACUGGGCCAGCCCCAGUGGUUGAAGCGAGGGAUUUCAGCUCUGCUACUCAAUCAAGGGGAGGAUGGGGACCGGAAGCUGACGGCUGAGGAGGAGGAGGCGCGGAGGAUCGCGGAGAUGGGCAAGCCGGUGCUUGGGGAAAACUGCCGACUGGAGGUUAUCAUCGAGGAGUCCUAUGAUUUUAAGAACACGGUGGAUAAACUCAUCAAGAAGACAAACUUGGCUUUGGUGAUUGGGACCCAUUCGUGGCGGGAGCAGUUUUUAGAGGCAAUUACGGUGAGCGCAGGGGACGAGGAGGAGGAGGAGGACGGGUCCCGGGAGGAGCGUCUGCCGUCCUGCUUUGACUACGUGAUGCACUUCCUGACGGUGUUCUGGAAGGUGCUGUUCGCCUGCGUGCCCCCCACUGAAUACUGCCACGGCUGGGCCUGCUUUGGCGUCUGCAUCCUGGUCAUCGGCCUGCUCACCGCCCUCAUCGGGGACCUCGCCUCCCACUUCGGCUGCACCGUGGGCCUCAAGGAUUCCGUCAACGCUGUUGUCUUUGUAGCCCUGGGCACCUCCAUUCCUGACACGUUCGCCAGCAAGGUGGCGGCGCUGCAGGACCAGUGCGCGGACGCGUCCAUCGGCAACGUGACCGGCUCCAACGCCGUGAACGUGUUCCUGGGCCUGGGCGUGGCCUGGUCGGUGGCCGCCGUGUACUGGGCGGCGCAGGGCCGCGCGUUCGAGGUGCGCACGGGCACGCUGGCCUUCUCCGUCACGCUGUUCACCGUCUUCGCCUUCGUGGGCAUCGCCGUGCUGCUCUACCGUCGUCGGCCGCACAUCGGGGGCGAGCUGGGUGGGCCCCGUGGCCCCAAACUGGCCACCACCGCGCUCUUCCUGGGUCUCUGGUUCCUCUACAUCCUCUUCGCCAGCCUCGAGGCCUACUGCCACAUCAGGGGCUUCUAGGACCCCCGGGAUCGGCCCCUCCGCGGAGACGCACUCCCGGUGGACUUCUCUGCGCUGGCUGUGGACCUGGUUGCCCCGGAGGCCCGGCCAGGUCUUGUCCCUCCCCAGACUCAGCCUGCCCUACCCUGACCCUCCCUCUGCCCCUUCUCCUGAGAGUCACCUUCUCUCCACCCCAAAGCCUCCCCUCGGCCUGGGAUUUCACCUUUGGCCUGCGCACUGAGCUGCUUACCCGCAAAGUCAGCGGUUCGAUCCCACCAGUUGCUCCGCGCCACGAAGAUGAGGCUCUCUGUUCCGGGGCAAGAUUUUC